AUGCUGGCGCCAGAGCACUUGGCGCGGUCCGCGAGCUGGCAUGCCAAGGACAUCGUCCGCAUCUCGCUGGAGAGCAAAGGCGUCAUUGGGUUCAUCGAAGUGCCCGACAUGAAACGCCGUAGCCUCGAGAGUGUGCGGCCGCUGAUCCUGCAAACCGUGGACGACACACCGCCGGACUUUCAAUUUGUUCUGGACAGCGGCGAGCCUCUUAGCCGCCGACAAGAAGCCACCCAUCUAAUUGCCGACCAUUACCCAUGUCUCAAGAUACGAGCAGUCACAAAGCGCAUAACGAAAUCCAGCAAAUUCACCGUUUACAACGCCAACGGAGACACGUUUGAAACGUGGGUGCCGACGGAGUACACUUUUGGUCAGCUCCGGAAAGACGCCGCGCGGUACUGGAGCAUUCCUGACCUGGAAUCGCAGCUUGUGGACAACGACGAGUGUCUGUGGCCCGAAGAAGCCAAUAUAUUGACGUUCUUGGAUGCGCACGAGUUGCGGCUCAAGAAGAUGGUUUUGACCUGUAAGCAACAGCCGAGGCCAUCGUCCCCUCCGCCGUCCACCUCCCCUCUGCCAAGCCAGCCAUCGCGACAUCACACGUUCAUCCAUACCAACUACGAACAACGACUCUGGUACAUCUUUACGUACUACUGCGUCCACGGCGAUGCGCUGGACCUCCUGACGAUGACCGCGUACCAGUUCCACCGGUUUCUAAAGGACUGUGGGUUGUUCAACUCGAGGCAGUUCACGCCAGCCAUGGGCGACAUCAUUUACGCCUUUGAAGGCAAAGGCAAAUUGUCGAAACAACAAGGGUCCCCGCCGUCUGCACAUUCUAUCGCCGCGCCUCCCUGGUCCAACAAAGGAAUUGGUGGCUACAAGACGUCCAACGCAUCCAAAUCCACGACCCCAUCUAGGCUUGGAUCGGGCAAACUCGACUACGACGGCUUCCUCAAUGCCCUGCUCACGAUCGCAUCGCGAGUGCAACCGCACGCUACCGACCCCGACGAUGCCUUUACGCACCUCUUGGUCAAGUACGUCUUGCCCAAUGCCGCGACGUGGGCCCAGCACGCGUGGCUCGACCACACGGACGCAUUGCAGCAGCCCGAUGUCCACCGGUUCGUGUCCAAGUUUUCGCCUCCUCUGUUCGAGAUGUUUAUGUUCUACACGAACCAGCCAGUGACGGAUGCGACCAAAGACAGCGGUCACUGGAUGACGUUUAGCGACUGCAUGCGCUUCAUGCAGGACUUUCGCUUUACGGAGCUGCUGCUCACGACGCAAGAAUGCCCAGAGCUCUUCCUCGCAGCGUGCAGUAGUACCAUGCGUCCGCCGUUUUCCGACAACGACCCGACGGACGAGUCCCUCUUUCGGCGUGAAACCAUGUCGUUUCCAGCGUUUUUGGACAUGCUGGGUCGCGCCGGCCUUAUGGCUUUGACUAGACACCGCCGCGGCCUUGAGCCACUGAAGUGUGUCAAAGCCGUAUUCCACCACAUGACCCGAAGCCUGCGUGGGUCGCGGGCGCUCGAGAUCAUGCACAAUCACGGUCCCGUCGCCAUUUACGCAUCCCGCUUCUAUGCCGGGUCCGUUGCAUUCAACAACAAAUUUCUCGACAUGUGGCGCAUCGAGGGGUCGCCGGACUAUGUGACUGGGGCAUUGCCAACGGCCGCGCCCCCAUUGACCCGUGGGCGCGCGAGUCUCCAUCACAUCGUGCACUACUCCCCACCGCACUCGCCGACUCGACGGUCGAGUGCGACGGAGGUUGCAGCAGUCCGGCCUUUCGACAUGACGUUGUCGCCGCCACUCUCGAAGAACUUGAAUGCACAGCAUGAAAUGGGCAACCCUACAGCGGACAGCCAUACGACGGCUGUCGAACGCGCGAUCGAGUCGAAUCGACGGGGGAGCGCCAACGGAGACGGUGGAGCCGCCGACGACGCCGUCGUGGGGGUGCUUCUAAAAGGCGCCGUCUUUCGAAAGUACGGGACGUGGAGUGCCCCUCACCGUCGGUUUGUGUGGCUCAGCGACGAUCGAAAGCAGUUGCACUGGCGGCCCCUCAACAAACCAGACCAACGGAACGACGGCCUAACCCUAGCGUCUGUGGACGGGCUGCUCUCCGGCCACGUCGACUCGACGCGGUAUGCCUUCAUGAAAUACCUCACGGAAGAGAAAUACGUGCAGCGGUGCUUUUCGAUCGUAGCCAAAGACGGCCGCCUGGACCUCGAGGCCGACUCGGAGGCGACGCGGGAUGCGUGGAUCGACGCGCUGCGAACGCUCGUGCCUCGUGGCACGACUGUGCAGUAG